AUGCGCGUCCCAGACCCGGACAGCUCUCCCGACACUUCUCCCGGCGGCUCGCCCAGUAUCGACCCCACCGGCCUGCCGAGGGUCGCGUCAUCCAUCAGCUUCGGCUCUAUCGCCAUUGAAGAUGAGUUCGACAUGUUUCAUGCCUCGACGACCGAGACGGACGGCAUGAGUCAGGCAAGUCUUCCCCUUGAUCUCCUCAACUGCCAUACUGGUGGCGAUACCGAGCAAGAAGGACUCGCUUUCCACGAGAACAAGGAAAAGGGCGAGGACGAGAACAAGGUCACUACCGAGAAUACUGUGGACAUGACUGAGGUCGACAACGACCAGGCCGAGCACACCAAGGUCAACAACGAGGACGAACAGGUUCUCCAGCAAUCCGACGAGACCAUCAAGACUGCUGUUUCGACUCCGGCUGGACCGGUCUCCGAGGCUGACAUGUCUUUCGGCAAUAUCACUCGGGCUGAGGCUGAAGGACUCAAGGAGGUGAGCCAUUCUUUGACCGUUGCUCAGUGGUUCCUGGUCGUUAAACUGUAUAAGUUCCCGACUGAUGCUGCUCAGAUCUCUCGCAGUGCCCUCUACGGCUCUUCCGGCUCCGCCCAAGUCCCCAGUUCCUACUGGCACCCGAACACGUCGGACGUGCGAGGACUCCAAGGAGCUUGGGCACUCGGUCCACCCGGCCCCGCUGCUCUUCCGGCACCGUCUCGUCCGCUCCCGGGUACAUUCGGUGGUCCCCUGCUCGGCGGCUUCACUCUGUCCCGCCCAGCGCAGUCGGAAGCGGCUCGAUCCGACUUCUUCAAUAAUACCGGUAUCCUGCUCCGCAAGGACAAGCGCUCGGCCCAAGCUGGUGCUCACGACGACGCCAUCAGCCACGUCUCCGGAAGCGACGACUUUGAGCUCGACAGCAACAUGAGCGAUAUCUCGUACGAUUCGGACGAAUCACACAGCACUCGCAAGCCCGCCGAGGACGCGUACCAGCAAAGUAUGGCCCAGCACCGCGCUCCGCUCUCGUACGCCAAGGCCGCCGCCGGCGAGGGCAAGGGGACGACCUCCCAGAGUCGCCAAGAGCAGGCUCAGCCGGCCAAGGCGCAGCCGAAGGGUCUCAAGGAGGUCGCGUCGCCUGGUAUGCCAGAGUGGAUGCUGCGACUUCAACAAGAGCUGCUCGGACCCGCCAAGACCGAGGAGCCCGUCCAAGCUGCUGAGCCGGUUGCUCCGACCGCUUCUACGGAGACCGACAAGACUACGCCCGCUCAGCGCGCUCCUGCAGCCAGCCCGGAGGUCACUCUCGGAUCGUCAGUCGAGCAGGCCGUCCUGGCUGAAGAAGCCACCGGUCAAAACUCAGCCGACGCCGCGCAGGACCAAAACACCCUGAAGGCGCCUGCUGUCCCGGCAGUCGAUAUCACUCCUGAGCUCACCGCGCGCUCGCCCGAGGUCGUACCCGUCAUCCAGGCUGUCGAGACGGUCACACCGCCAUCCCAAUCGCUUCCUCAACUCCCUGCGGACGCUCCGCCUCUCCACACCCAGCCAGCCGCUCCUGCAACAGCUACAGCGGACACUUCAUCCGCCUCGGCGAAGCCAAGCUCUCCUGCAGAGCCGACUGGCGAGUUCGAUCCGUCGGCCAACGACCUGCUGCGCCAGAUGCACAACACUUUCCGGCUUCUCGACUUGUACCCCGAGCAUGGUACGGGCGGUCUAGUCGAGAAGAUCUUGAUCGACCAAAACGAAGUUGUCAGGGUCUCCAAUUAUGCCUGUCCCGGUACCGCUCGCAGUAUCGACCGGAUCAACUUCACCAUGCUGGACGGCGCGGUCAUCUCGAUCCGAGGCGUCUUUGGCGAUAGGGAGAGGCUGGCGCAGUACCUGGUGGAACUUGGAGUCGUCGAUGCCAGCCUGCUCAACGUUCUCAUCCACGCGGACGAGCGCGAUGCCACCAAGCCGUACAUGCGGUCCGGUCUCUACUUUGUCGCUCUUCCCGGGAACAGCUCCAUCGUCUUCUUCUGGCCGGAGCAGACAACCUGGGACCGCAGCGCCAUCCGGAAUGUCGUCAGCAACCGCGUAACCUUCAUGCGGUACCUCUCGCAGAUGUCUGACCAGCUGUACUGCUUUGUCAGCCAAGCUCAGCUAUCCGAGCUCGAUCUCAGCCAGUUCCGCAUCGACCACGAGGACGAAGACUCGGACGACGAGCCAGCGACUGCCUUCGACUUCUCGGUCCAGCGUACCAGUCAUCAGGAGGAGGGUAUCCAUCUUGCUGAAGAGUCUCGCAUGAUGCACGUAAACCUCACCUCGCGGUCCAAGACUGCCGUACCGACCGGUAUCGCCGCCGACCUUCGCCCAAGGCUCGUCACCGGCCUGAAGGGAGUCGGGGUCAUGACCGCAAAGUACUGCAAGGGCAAAGAGGAGACCAUCUCUCACAAAGGCGCGUACCGGAGCUCUGUGGUCAUGCAGAGGGUCAUCGAGACAUCCGACGUCCAGCUCUCCUCGGACAUGAAGCUCGCCGACCUCGUCGCCCUGGUCAAAUGCGGCUGGUUCGGCGUGGUCCCCGGCGCCGAAACACACCUUAAGCAGAUCAUGGACGCGUCGAAGGGUCGAGUCGAGACCGCCCAUACCACCAAUCUCGGAGCGCGCCGGACGGAGGUGGACAGCCUCAAGCCGAUCUACACGGCUGCUGCGGAGGCGUUCGUGGUCAACUUCAUUGCUGCCCGUUUCCCGAACUUCACCGCGGACCUCGUACUGCCUCAGCGCUCUGGUGACCCGCCAACGAAUGCGAGUGUAGCCUCCCAGGCGGCAACACAGUGGGAGGCCAUCACGACGCUACACGACAGUAGCAAAGUCAAGGACGACCUUCAGCAGCCGAUCACCGGAUCAGCUUGGCAGAACGGCAAGGUCGCCUUCCUCGAAGCUGCGCACAUCCUCGACCGGAACCCCGACAUGAAGUCGGCCGAUCGUCAAACCCUCCUGCUCAAGCUCGCCGAAGUCAUUGACGGGAAGACUGGCGAAGCCGCCAAGCUCACCUCGGACAAGAAGAAGAAGGGGUGGUGGCGAAUCAUCGCAUCUCUGCCCGCUUCGCUCGGUCUCGCCGACACGUUCGAUGCGAUUCGAGCUGCUCAGGAGUAUCAGGACGACGCCAAGUUCAUCCGGUACCUGACCGACCGCCCUUCAUACCCCUUCCACCUGGACGGAUCUGCCAGCGGACUUCUUCAGCUCGCACGCGAAGCAAUGAUCCGGCGGCGAGACGACAUGAUUGCCAAAUGCGUCGAUCACGUCCACAAGAAGCGCAUGGACAAGGUCAAGCAGGCGGCAGCAGUGGAGAAGCAUCAACUCGAGGCGGAUGAGAAUGUCAAGUGUGCCAAGGAGUAUGUCGACUGGGUCAACAUCCUUCUUGGUGCCUCUCACGUCAAAGAUGCGAACAGGUCGACUGUCGUGCUCCGCGCUUUCGUCCCGGAGAAGUUUGGCUGGAAGAGCUACAUUGUCUCAUACGAUGAGACUACGGUUUCGCCGCCCGAGAUUUGGUUUGAGAUACUGCCUGUCGGUGUCAGCGAAGUCCAGCUGCAAAAGCUUGCCGGCGAAGACUUGUACAACCCCCAGCUCGAGCUCAGGCUCACCAAUGCUGUUACAUUCGGCCUUGCGCCGCACUUCUCGGUCCGGUCUGUAUUCUACCUGGAUGCUCGGCAGACCAAGUACCUCGUGAUUGCCGACGACACCAGGACCCGAAAGCUCUGCUUCUUCCUCACCGACACUCGCAAGGUGGCUCGACAGCUCGAGCAUGCCAAAGUCGGAGACGACUGCCUGACCGCCGUGGAUCUCAGCCGACGAGAAGUCGCCGUUGUCUCCAGUCAAGACCUCUCCAUCAUCCGCUACCGCAUCUCCGAGGACGGCUUAUCCUGCGAGCGAGAAGGAGAGGUCGAUCUCAAAAAGUGGUAUGAGCCAGGUACGCGCUUCAUCCAGGCGGCCUUCCUCACCGGGCAACAAGAUAUCGUACUCGUCGACUCUACCAACCGUGUCAGAAUCUACAGCACGAUCUCCCAGCAAUGCCGACCGGCUUCGCUGGAUCUCGCUAGCUUCGACCCAAGCAUCAUGAUCUCCACGACCGACGGCGGUGCAUUUCUCUCGGCCAGCAACGACGCCGUUCAGACUCGCCUUCGCGGUCAUAUGGCCUCGUCCUUCGGGGCUCGUCAAGACGGCCACGACCUCGGCCUGCCCCUCUCUCCAUCCAGCGAUGUAGCCGUCUUCGCCCCAGGAUCGUCCAGCCGGAUGCUCCUACUUCUUCUCGACGCCGAUGCCGAAGUCGUCCGCUGGUCUCGCCUCAUCCUCACCAAGGAGAAUUCGGAUCUUCAGCUCCGGCCAACAUCAACCAAAAGGCAGAAGGAAUCGUCAGCCGGUCCGACCCAAAGUCCGCUACUCGGUGUCUUUGAGGAGAUGUGGACUCGCUUCCCUAUUGUCGCGGCCAUCGACCGGGACAAUCUCGACCUCUCGAUCCGCCAGCCUCGGUCGCUCACCCUUCUCCAGCCCACUCCUGGGUCCAUCUCGCAGUCUGAUUUUGCUGGUCAAUGGCAAAAGAUGGUCACCGACUUCAAGCGGCGUACGAAAAAGCCUACCAAGCGGAUCCUCGAAGACAUGAUCCUCCGAGUCGACGACCAUAUCGACCCGAACGGCGCAGCGUCCUGCUAUCGCUUCGGACAGUGGCUGGUGAACAUGUGCUGCCUGAUCCCGCUCCACCUGGCGGUUGCUAAGGACAAGCGCUUCAUACCGCUCAAUCAAGGCAAGGACGAUAUCCAAUGGGAGCGAAGUCUUGUCGGCGCGGACGUCAGCAAGGUCGCCAAGUCCAUCUCGCUCGGCUGGUACGAAGCUAUCUUGGCGCAGUACUAUCGCGGCAAACCUGUCCGCGUCAUCAGCAGUCUCGGCAACCAGUCAGUGGGCAAGUCCUACAUGCUGAACCAUAUCGCGAACACCAGCUUUGCCGGAGCUGCAGGCCGUACUACCGAGGGUGUCUGGAUGGCUGUCGCACCGACCAAGGACUGCAUAUACGUCCUACUCGACUUCGAGGGUGUCAACAGUCCCGAGCGUCACCCACAGGAAGACAUGCUCCUCGUCCUGUUCAACGCGGCCCUGUCCAACUUGGUUCUCUUCCGGAACCAUCUGAACGUCUCGCGCGAGCUCAAGACCAUGUUCAAGGCGUACCAGCAAUCGGCCUCGGUCUUCGAUCCAGCUGCAAACCCCAAGCUCUUCAACGGGAAGCUCUGUAUGAUCAUCAAAGAUGUCAUCGCCAGCGAUGUGGAUGCCGCCUGGCUCGAGUUCUUCACCAAGUUCCAAGACAUGGUGGAAGAGGAGGGCGAGGACAACUUCAUCAGCAAGCUCCACCGCAACCAGAUGCGGAUCGUUCCAUGGCCGGUCAUCCAGGAUCCGAAGUUCUACUCGUAUUUCGAGAAGCAUAUCAUCGGUAACCUCAGCCAGAGCAAGCCAACCUGGACUUCCGCCGGCGACUUCCUCGAGACGCUCAAGCUGCUGGAGGCCAAGCUGAAGGCGUCAGACUGGACAUCCCUCGACUCGAGCAUGAUCGCGCAGCGGAUCGACCGUCUCCGUCACAUCCUACCGGUAGCCAUUGCCCAUGGUGUCAGCAACCCAGCGGAGAAGGAACCGCUCAUGGACACGGAGAGCGGCACAGCUAUCAUCCCGGAAGGCGAGCACAUCUUCGACCAGCUGGAGAUACUCUCCUCGAAGGACGGCUCAGCCACAGCCUGCUUCAAGGCGAUGUACCGCAAGUUCGUCCUUAGUUCGCCCCGCUCCACCUCCGAUCCCUCAUGGCGGGACAGCUUCUUGGCGGAGGUCACGGUAGCGCUCGAGCGGCGUAUCGCCACCGUCACCGAAUGGUCGGACAAGAAUACCCAGAACCUCCCCUCGGACUCGAACGAUGUCAUCCAAUGGCGAGCGGAAGUCAAGCGGGCAGUCGAAGACCUCCGAAAGCAAUACCGCUUCUGCGCCCAGACCUGCAAGAACUGCAACCUGAUCUGCACCCAGCUGCGCGAUCACGAGAUUAAGGAGCAUGACUGCUAUACCAACCACCAAUGCGAUCAGAAGUGCGAGUAUAGGGAAGAUCACGAGGACGAGGAGGUGCGGCCUUUGCCUCUUUGCAGUCUUCGCGCCAUGCACGAUGGAAAGCAUAUCUGCGACCCGACCGUGCACACCUGCGGCGCAGCAUGCGACAUGGAGGCUAGCUGCAAGUCCAGGUGCACCAAGACAAGCGAGCACAUCGUCGAGGGCCACCUGUGCUCCGCCAAGUCGCAUUCUUGCAACAAUGCCUGCGACUUUGACGACAACCAAGGUUACAAGUGCCAGGGCAGGUGCAUCCUCAGCUUUGACGAGAAACACGCUCGUCACGAAUGCCAGGAUCGCAACGCUUGCCCGAUGACCUGCGCUCUAUGCCCUCGACUUUGCGCCGAAAACGACCAUUUCCAUGGCUCUAUCUUCGGCGCCAUUCAUUUGUGCGGACAAGAGCACGGUUGCGAUGAGGAAUGCGAACAGCCUGGUAUUUGCGAGAUCGCUGCUGAGCCUCAUUCGGUCCAGAGCAUGUUUCAAGGUGUCCAUUCGAGCUUCGAAUAUACAAAACACACUCAAGUGGCGAAGCGUCUGAAAUGCGCAAAGAAGAUCCCAGCUGGAGCAAUCACACACGCAGGCGAGUCUUACACCACUCGGCCGCAUGUCCACAGCAACACGAACUCCUUUCACUACUGCGAGCAGAGGUGCCCAUCCUGCAAGUACUACUGCAAUCUCCCCAUCGGCCACACCCAGACCGAGCAUGACACGAGCCAUGGAUCGAUGACCUCUACCCGUUGGUCCAUCCCCGAAGGUCAGGAGAUGGAGAUGAAUGGUCGGAAGUUUGUUCAAGGCGAGGAGGGUGCUCCCAUGCUUUGCAACAUGUUCUGUCAAGGUCAGACGAGGCACACCCACAUCGACAAGUGCAGGUCUCAUGCCGCCUGUGUGCCUGACGAGGAGCAUGAACAUAUCGACAAGCGUGUCGAGCCCAACCCGGAUAUUGCCAAGGACUACAUCACGCACAAGAUCCACUGGCAGCGAGCUGCGUUCAAGGACCCCUACUCCCAAUCGGACAAGAAGCAGUUCGAACUUUGCGACGCCCAAUGCCCAGGCGACGAACACAAUUCGGUCGACGGCACGCGUGCUCAGCCCUCAUACUGCACGCUCAAGAUGUUCCACCCGCCAGCGUACAACGCGGCCUCGCCACCGGGCGGCGGCUACAUCUCUGGUGAUGGUCAUAUGUACACCUGUAAGAACCCAAUCCUCCAGCAAAGGACUUUUCAUAUUAUUUUUGUCCUGGACAGGUCGGGCUCUAUGACCUGCAGGGACCGCGGACCGAUGCGUGAUGCCCCAAGCUUCCAGGCUAUCGCUCGUUCUAGCAACAACAGAUACGGCGCCGUUAUUGCCGCCUGCUACAGUUUCUGGUCCUCUCGCCAAGCCGUGAUCGCCUCUUCGGGUCCCAGCGCCACCCGUCGAGACGCCUACUCAGUCAUCCUCUUCAAUGAAAGGCCGACCGUCGUCGUCGAGAAUGACUACACUUCUUCCGCGGAUGAUCUUCUUUCCACUUGUCUCCGGGUCUCAGCCGGCGGUGGGACGAAUUUUGCUGCGGCUCUGGAUCAGGCGCAGACAACCAUGCUUACAAAUUGGGCGCCGGAGAGAACUCCAGUCAUCAUCUUCCUGAGCGAUGGCGAGUGCUCAAUUCGAGACCAGGACAUCUACCCGGUCUGCAGACAGGCUGUGGCGCAAGGCAAACCACUCAACUUCCACUCGGUUUCUUUUGGUCCGGACGGCGCUUCUACCUCUCUCAAGCGAAUGUCCGAUAUCGGCAAGGAGGUGUACCAGAGCGUGCCUCGUGACCCUCUCGCUCCUCCCGGCGACGGCUGCAGCUUCUCGACUGCCCUCGAUACCGUCUCACUUGCGACCACUUUCUUGGGGAUCGCAGACUCGCUCAAGAAGCCGAGGGGGGUUGAAGUGCUUGAGAAAUUGCAUACUGUUGAAUUUGUGCUGUGGCUCAUGCUCGUCAUCGCUGUAGGGCCAUCGCAAGGUCCGGUGUCAUCGUCAGGGAACAAGGGUCGAGGCCACUUUGCCUCACCUGACCCUUUCCUAGAAGAGAAUGAGAUCUAG